AUGUCUAUCAAGGAAGUCAGUAGAAACAAGUGCUUUGGCGGCCAUGUUGUCAAAUACGAGCAUCAUUCCGAAGAGCUCAAUUGCGACAUGAAGUUCAAUGUCUUUCUUCCCAAAGAAGCUUCAGAGCAAAAGGUGCCUGCCAUUUACUUUUUGUCUGGUUUGACGUGCACUGAAGACAACUUUAUCCAAAAGAGCGGUGCUAUGGCUGAAGCUGCCAAGUUUGGUAUUGCUUUGAUUGCUCCUGAUACCUCUCCUCGUGGUGUUAGCAUUGAAGGCGAUAGUGACUCAUGGGACUUUGGUACUGGUGCUGGUUUCUAUUUGGAUGCUACUGAACCCAAGUGGGCAAAUCAUUAUCGUAUGUACUCUUACAUUGUCAAGGAGUUGCCUCUUCUCGUCUAUGAACAAUUGCCUAUCGAUGAAUCUCGUGUAUCUGUCAUGGGUCAUUCUAUGGGCGGUCAUGGCGCAUUAACCAUUCACAUCAAAAACCCCACUCGAUUCAAGACAGCCUCUGCAUUUUCACCCAUUGCCAACCCUAUCAACUGUCCCUGGGGCCAAAAGGCUUUCUCCAACUACCUCGGAACUGACGACAAGGAAGCUUGGAAGAAAUACGACACUGUGGAAUUAUUAAAGACUCACAUGAAUGAGCGCUUGAACAUCCUUGUGGAUGUGGGUACUGCAGACGGAUUUUUGGAGAAGGAACUGCUCAUUGAUCAAUUGCAAAAGGCCACCAAAGACUUGGGCCGUGAAAGCGAGUUCACUAUUCGCUACCAAGAUGGCUAUGAUCACAGUUACUUUUUCAUUUCUACUUUUAUUGCUGAUCACAUCAAACAUCAUGCAACCAUUUUAAAGGCCUAA